CGUGCCGAGAUAAUUGUUUGUUAGGUUUAUUGCAAUAUGGUCGAACGUUCCGCAUUGAGCAAUGGCCAGUCAAUGAUUACUGUCAAGCAACCAUUGAUAGAUGUACGUGCUUGGUUCGCUAGCUCCCGAGGCCCUGGUGUAUUCGGCCACGGUAAUGUGACCACCAGCAUGAGAGUCCCUCACUUCGAUAUCGAUCAAUUUGCACUCAAAGCUAACGUAAGUGCAGGAUUUAAUGGACAAUGUCAGCGCAGGUCACACUACGAUAACACGCUCGUGCAGGAAACCACAGCGCUUCAUCGGCGACCAGAAGUAAUACUAAAUAGCAAUUGUAGACAAGCCGCUACGUACGGUCCUGACAGCAGCUUGACCGAGAAAAGUACGCCCGCCCCUCUCUACAAGAUGUAUUACUCUGAUCCAUAUCGAGCUGGUGGCGGCAGACAAAACGGAAUUAUUGACAGCGGCAGGUGUGGUGUUUUUAGCGAGGCCGACAAUGUUGUUACCCAAAACACGAACGGGCUUAGGGCGGGAGGGUGUCCCGUGUCACUUGACACUCGGCCACGUGACAACACUAUUGUUGCAGAGGUGCAAACAGUAACUUCGAAAGGGAAUAUUUCAACAAAGAUCCUAACGACGUCACAUAUUCUUCCUCCUAACUUACAUGGUGUUAAUGAAAGUUUCGACCAUAAUGGGGAGAGAACCCAGGUGCCAGGAAUGGAUCAUUUCGACGGUCUCCCAAUAUGGAAUAAAGCGCAACGAAACGACGAUAGCGUGACGGUAAAGCAACCAGCAGACCUAUCUGCGAUCGAGCAAGUGGGAAAUGCCGAGUUGAGGAAAAAAAGUAUGUUUGAGCAGACCUUCACUUCAGCGUUCACAAGCGCGGAACCGAAUCGCUCGCAGGCUUCACAUACGACCAUUGCUGUCGCCCAGUCAUCACAGGUAGUCGAUCAUAACGUGGAAACUAAGAGCGGUGAUAUAGUCGUAAAGCAGAUUUUAACGAGCGCCGAUGGCUCUCUCUCCCAUGUAAGACGAACGAAGGGUCGCAAUUCGAUUAACGAUAUCAAUUCCGCUGAAUUUUAUAGCUCCUGCCCGAAGUCUGACGCAACAGACCAAGUGACUGUAAUUGAAGUGACAGCUAAAGAAUGCUUUUCAAACUCGGUGUGCGUGGCCGAAGUGAGAAGAAGUUCGUCAUUGUGUAGGCGAGCGACAACAACAGAAACGCAGCAAGUGCUACCAACAAACUGUCUGCAUCAUAGUCAAGUUAAAACUACAGUAGUCAGCGACCAAAUCAGCCAUGAGAUUUUACUCAAUGGUACAAAUCUAAGAGGAAGUUCGCAAUAUCGGGUUUCCUACUCAAACGAUUUCAACAAGCCAGUAACUAGUCCCGGAAUAACUCAGGAUUAUCUCAGGCCACCUCGCUGCCAGUCGUCGAUCAAUCUGCAGGAGAACGUGGAUAAAACCACAAGUUUCCGAACAAAGAGAAACUCGUUCCUGUGUUCGUCACAAGCCAAUAUACUCAAGCUUAAACUAAGAAACAGUGUCCGAAAUCCUGCGAGCGAGCACGAUCCGUCGUACAGGAAAAGGCUUUGUAAAUCCUUAACAAACAUUACCGCCGACGAUUUACUUAGUGCUCCAUGCGCUUCUAUUUAUGAUUCGAAUUUGGAUAAUUCACAAGAAAGCAAAAGUUCCCAAAGCGAUUUGUUAGCAAGCCGUAUGCGGACAAAUCGGACGGAACUUCUCCCCGAAGACCUGCAAAAGCCAAACAACAUUAAUUUCACGGUCGGUGAUUUAAACGCUGUCAAUUCAAAGAAAGAAGUCCCACCUUCCCAAUCUAACUCAACCAAGAAGUUAAAACACGAAGGCAAAAGAAGGGUUGACGACGAAAUGUCUCAAUCCGUUCCAACUCGCUUGCAAAAUGAUGGCGUUAAAUUGACCAGUGACAACAAAAGUAAACUUCUAUCAUCCAGAAAGACGCCUAAGCUGUCGAAGACGCUAUUUCCUUUCAUGCGUAAAAACCGCAAGCGCCAGAACAACAUGGCAGAAAACGCCACAGGAAAACCGAUGAAGGCGAAAGGGACAAUCAACAACAAGAAUGCAUCAGAUUCAGCAACCAAUAAGAUUAGUAAGAAAGACAAUGGAAAUAACAUUUCGGCCGAGCCUUCCAAAUCUCACUUAACUAACACAAAUACUUCCUUUCCACAAAAAGACGGAAUGGGUUCCGUAGGAUUUCGUAAACUAAAGAUAACUUCACAGCAAAAUGAUAGGAACGUACACGCUGAUUACGCUACACGAGUUACAAGGGUACGACGCCGGUCAUCCAAUGAUUCGGAAGACAAAAGAUCCCGGGAAGAAUCUGAAGGGAAUAGAAAACCAUACGAAAAAGUUAUACUGCGCGAAAAACCUCGUCCGAGGCGUCAAACUUCUCGGAGAAGUACGGAAGACAUUUCCAAGUCAGCCACUUCAACGGAUGACGUACUUCUCUUACGUCAUAGUUUAAAUGACCCCGAACUAUUCCUCCAAUCUGACCCGACCUCCAGUCAAGGAAACUUCACCUUCGAAAAGGUUCACGAUUCCGUUCAAAGUGAUGGUUUCAAGCUUCGUAACCACAGCGUCGCUCAAACAGAAGGCUUAGACCAGCAGACUCACCAACAAGUGAUAAACAGAUGCUCUCUCAACAUUGAUUACCUCCGCUCAUCUAACUACCUGGACCGUAUGAGUUUCAUCAGGUCAAUCCCUGGCCCGGAAACUACACUCAACGGGAGCAUAUGUGGAAGCAUGACAGGGAUAAGUACUCCCUGCUCAUCUAUCCUCACCAUAGGGAUCGGAACAGCUGCGAGAUGCAGCCUCGCAUCCAGCUACGCGUCAGUGUUUGAAGAUGACAGGAACAUUUCGGAUGUUCGAAACGUGUCAUGUGAGAUUGGCGAUCCGGAGGCGAGAGCUGACUCUUUUGUGAAACCGGACCCACCAAAGCAGCUCCGAAGAGCAAAAUCCUUAUACAACCCGCCGAACUUACAGUUGCGCCAGUUCAACCGUAGAUCUGUAUCCCCAACCUUACAAGAUGAUCUUUUUGAAUCGAUGAAAUUGAAAACAUCCAAUCCAGAAAACUUUCGCACAACAGCCAGACCACCCCAACCAAACAAACCAACCACCCCAAAACCUCGGAAAAUGAGCGCCAGUGGAAGUUGUUCAUCUCUUAAUAUGUUUAAUUUCCGAUUAUCCCAGCAGAACAUUUGCAACACAAAUGAACCAGUGGCAAUAUGUCGACCCGCAUCGUACCAAUAUAACCAAGAAAUAGUUGCGGAUUCGGGGGAACCCCGCAGCAAAAUCUCUGCCAAGAACUCCUCCAUCCGAAGGCGAAUGUCACUUCAACUCUUAAAACCAACCAACCGUGACAUGAAAGCAAUUCCAAUCGUAUCACAGUUAAACGACGAAUACAAGCGUCACUCAAUCGCUGGUUUAGACGCCGAAAAGGUUAAGACAGCCAUGACAAGAUGGAGCGCUAUCAGCAACAACAUGUCCUCUUCAAAUAGAAGUUCACGUCGAAGAAUUCGUCCAUUAUCCGAGGUUCAAAACUUCAGAUGGGAUGUUCAAGCCAUUCCCGAGCAUAACGAAAUAACAAGUCCAUGCAAUGAAGAAAUAAUCUCCAAACUACCGUCCACUCUUCCGCGACCGAAAACUAAACCAGACUCCGCUACGCCAACAAGCGGAAAUGGGUGUGUCCGCAAGGUGCCACCAAAGACGAAAAAAGUUUCGAUUUCUGAAGUGAACUCGACUUACGAAGCAAACGACUUUGAGAUAUUACCUCGUCUAUCAUUCAUUGGAUCUAGUUUUAGCCAAGAAGAACUUUCUUCUCGAACACCAUUUGACCAGGAAAUUUUGGUUGAAACUUGCCACCUUCGUAAAGCAUUAUCCGUUAUUGGUGGAAUUAACACGAUGCCAGAUAGCUUACUGCACUUUUAUCCUACUAAGUAUUACAACGAAAUUGGCAAUCGAACGUUCCACUCAUACUAUGGUGUUCGAGGGCAGCAAGUUCACGAUGAAAGAUGUCGAAUCCAAGGAAGCAUGUCUGGUAUUUCGACCGAAUCGGGUUACGGGACCAUGACAAGGAAUGGAACACGCUUGAGAACUCCUGAUAAUGAAGAGGACGCGGUGUUUGUGAACUCAAAUUCGAACCAACUGGGUGGCGGAACUUCAGCUCAGCAGACAAAUGGAGUCUUCGUGGAAGCAUUGUGGGAUCACGUGACCAUGGACCCUGAUGAGCUUGGAUUUAAAGUUGGUGACGUCAUACGUGUAAAUGACAUGUCGAAUGCUGAUUGGUGGUGGGGGGAACUCGAUUCUGUGGAAGGGUGGUUUCCCGCUACCUUUGUUAGGAUUCUCGUCAACCAGCAAAUCCGUACAGAUUCAAACAAUAGUGACAUCAUUGUUUCGUCAUACGCAAGCUCACAAAGCGAGGACGAAAUCUCAGUGACGUCACACGAGUUUUCACGCGUGACGUCAUUUAACGACAUUUGCCAAUGCACAGAGCAACGUUCGACGACAUCCAUUCAUUGCAAUGUUUGCGGGAGACCACUGACCGAUGCGACGCCAGCCAGCAGGGCGUCGAUCGCCAACCAAACCAAACAGCCAGAGAUUGUAAUAACGAAACCUCCUUCCAACGCCCGCAAAGCUUCCAUUACACGAGACCAAAUUCGUGCAAACGUCAUCAAAGAAAUAGUCAAUUCCGAAAAAGUAUUUGUCGGUCACCUCAAAGACGUAGUACAGGGCUACCUGACUCGUUGCCGAAACCGCUCCGACAUGUUUACAGACGAAGAACUCAACACUUUGUUUGGAAACAUAGAAGACAUCUAUCUGUUCCAACGGGACUUCGCUGCCGAGCUUGAGGCGUCAGUCGAUUCGUCCUCAGUACACACAACCGAACUAGGAAAUGUUUUUCUAAAACACAAAGACGGCUUCUGCAUAUACUCGGAAUAUUGUAACAACCAUCCACAAGCACUAGCGGAGUUGGCACAUUUGUUGACCUUCAAAAAAUACGUUCAUUUUUUCGAAGCUUGUCGAUUAUUACAAAAAAUGAUUGACAUUCCAUUAGAUGGAUUCCUUUUAACUCCUGUCCAGAAAAUCUGCAAAUACCCGUUGCAGUUGGCGGAACUUUUAAAGUACACUCACCCCGAGCACCAGGAUUACGAUGCCGUUAAAUCUGCAUUAGAAGCAAUGAAGGGCGUUGCCCACAUGAUCAAUGAACGUAAAAGAAAGAUGGAAAACGUGAGAAAGAUAUCUCAGUGGCAAGCAAGCAUCGUCAAUUGGCAGGGUGAGAGCGUGCUUUCCAGGAGUAGUGAGUUGGUACAUUCCGGGGAGGUAUAUGCGUUGUCGCAAGUUAAAUCUAAACCCAAAUCACGAGUCGCUUUCUUGUUUGAUCAUCAAAUGAUUCUCUGCAAAAAGGAUUUGCUUCGUCGCGAUCUCCUAUAUUACAAAGCUCGCAUCGACUUGGACGCUGUUGAAGUGAGUGCCACCGAACCAGACUCACCUAAAUCCUCACAUUCCGGGAAUGACUGGCAUUCAUCGUCAAGUUUAGGCUCAUGCCAAGGCUGGAAGGUUACAGACACGACCACUGGCGAGUCCGGUUUAAUGUACUGCAAGAAUCCAGAUGACUGUGGAAAGUGGAUGAAAGCGUUCGCACUUGAAAGAAAAAUAGCUGAAACCAAAGCAAGUGGGACGCCUCUCCCAACCGAAGCAUAUUCUCUCAGCGUGUUGCAGAACUCCUUGACAGUCUCCAGAAAGCCAAAAGAGGCGAGUACACAGAGGCUUGCGCCUUCGUAUCGAUACCGCAUAAAAAUGGCACAAGAAGUGCAAGAAUUGUCGGCAAAGCAGACCAACUAUGGGUCGGAGAAGUCUGGUUUUUUCAGCAGCGUCGCAGGAAAGCUCACUCCAUUCCGUCGCACACAUACACGGGAAAGCAGCUUCGUAUUUUAACUUCCAAGGGAUUUUAAAUUUCACCGCGAACUUAUUUGUUUCACAGUAUUUUUGCACACGUUAUAUUGUACAGUCUCUAGAAAAGACGAAGCCGUGUCGAACUUGUGUGCUUCCGCUUUUGUAAAUCUGUAUAAACAAUAGAAGAGAAUAUUGUAGUCAUAAAAUUGGAGUUCACUUUUAAAGUUAUAUUUUAUUAAAAAGUGAGCCUGAACUGCGUCAAAGAAAGCAGGGCGCGUUUGCUGUGUGUAUUUUACCACCAACUUGUUUUUAUUGAUUUCCACUGUGUUUACCUCACCGCCUAUACGUUCCCAGUCGUGUUACUUCGGCUACAGGCCACACGACUGUUUUACUUUUAUCUAAGAACAUUGCUUCUUUUGCACGUGCAAUUUUGACUUCGCUCACGCCAUGCCACGAUUUGCUGUUACUCUCCACAAUAAACGCCCAAAACUAAA